AUGGAUGAUCUCCUCGGUACCAGGAAUCGCUGGGAGAUCGAUAUGACUGGUGAAUGCAAAGGCUUUCCUCGUGGUUAUCCAGCCAAUGGAACCGAGGAGUGGGAUCAGUAUAAUGAGCAGGCCUGGCCCUGGCAAGGAAUCUGGCCUCUUCAUGAUCAUGCAGCCGUGACCAACCAUCGAGUCUGCAACUGGGUACAAGAGAACCCUGUCUACGAAGAAAGCCAUCCACCAGCCAAGGUUAAGCCCCAGAGCAGCGUUCUGGUGCAGGUCCAGACCAACCAGCACGUGCAUGAAUACGACCAACGUCCCUCAGGCCAUUACAAGGUCUUCCUAGCUGGUCCUUCGGGCACGCAGCUUACUACAGCCAACCAGCUUACGUUUGAUCGUGUUGUCUUCUCAGCACCUGCCAAUAAAUACGCUCACAUUUGGGAACAGCCGACCUCGGGUGCACAAGAUCCGGGAAAUGCAUGGCUACCGCUCAAGCUUGUAGAUCCUACUGGCGAGUACCUUCCGGAGGGAACGUACAACUUCAUCUUCGCCUACUUUUGGGCUACUGCAGAGAAACCUCAAACAGACUACAUGAUCCCCGACUAUUCUUCGUCUUUCGACAUCGUCAUCUCGUCUGAGAGCGACGCAGACUCGGGGGCAAUCACUGACUGUGUGACCAACAAUCCUAAGAACUGUUCACAGUACCUCGUUGGCGUGUCGGCGUCCCCUGGGGCCAAAGACACUACUGAUCCGUGGCCACCUUAUGCAGGCAACUACUUAUACACCAAUUAUGACGGUGAUGAUCCAUCCACAGACAAUGGAAAACGCACCUUUCAGCCGUAUUGGACCGAGUUCGUCCCAGCCUCAAAGGCUCCGUCGAUCACUACCGGUGCACCACCAAACAUUGCCGCCAAGAAGGAUGACCCAUCGCUCCUAGAUCCAAUUCCGGUUGCUGGUGGCGCUGAGAUGCCAGGCGAUAUACUCCUGUAUCCUAAUAUGACUGCGGGCAGUGGCGAGAGCAUGGAUGUCAAAAGAAGUGAACCAAAGAGUCUUGCGGCUAUGGGCGUGGCUACGGGUGGUGGAAGUGAGAACAUGACCUCUUCUGCGUCUACAGCAAACACCAAUAAUGAUGGAUCAACACAAACGUCCAAGGCCAGAAGGCAUAUGAGAAGCUUCAAAGUGGCAGGAAUUUGA